AGGGAAAGGCCAGCAGAGAGGAAAGAGAAACUGGGAGAAAGGAAGAGGGAAAGUGAGGGGAGAGGACUCAGCGGACUUGCGAGGCCAGAGAGGAAGAGAUUGAGCGCGCGGGAGAGAGACAGGGCAGACAGAGAGACGGGCGUGGGGUGGGGUGGGGUGGGACUCUGCGGGUAGAGGAAAAGAUUUGGACAGAAACAGGAAGAUUGGGAGAGUGAUCUGGGAGAGAAUGAGUGAGAGAGAGGCUGGCAGAGACAGAGCUUGGCGGAGGAGAGACAGAAGGUGAGACUGGGGAGAGAGACAACCUGCAAGGCGGUUGGAAAGAGAGAGGGAGACCAUAAAAGACGGGAGACAGGCAAAAAGAGGGUGCGAGUGAGCAGGUGAAAGCGAGGUUAAGAACUGAGAGCCAGCGCCUAGAGACAAAGGGAGGCAGGACUGGGCGCCAGCACCCUCUGUGUCCUCUUGCCCCCGUCGUUGGGACCCCACAGCGGGCCCUAGAUGGAGGAAGGCAGACCUCGGAGCAGCCUGAGCCUGGCCAGCAGCGCCUCCACCAUCUCUUCUCUCAGCAGCCUGAGCACCAAGAAGCCCGCCCGGACGGUCCACAAGGUCCAUGCCUUCGGCAAGAGAGGAAAUGCGCUCAGAAGGGACCCCAAUCUCCCCGUGCACAUCCGAGGCUGGCUUCAUAAGCAGGACAGCGCUGGGCUCCGGCUCUGGAAACGCCGCUGGUUCGUCCUCUCUGGCCACUGCCUCUUCUAUUACAAGGACAGCCGCGAGGAAAGUGUCCUGGGCAGCGUCCUGCUUCCCAGCUAUAGCAUCCGGCCAGACGGGCCCGGGGCCCCCCGGGGGCGGCGCUUCACCUUCACGGCCGAGCACCCGGGCAUGAGGACCUACGUUCUGGCGGCCGACACCUUAGAGGACCUGCGGGGCUGGCUGCGGGCGCUGGGCCGGGCCUCCCGCGCAGAAGGCGAUGACUGGAGACCCAGGUCACCUGCACGUCCCCAGUCCGGAGAGGGCCCUGGAGGCCCGGGUGGUCCCCCGGAGGUGAGCAGAGUGGAAGAGGGGCGCCCCUCAGAAUCACCGGAGGUGGCUCGGCUCUCCAGAAGUCCGGGCAGACCUGGACUUCUCACUCCCAGCCCCACAGCAGACCUGAGGUCAGGACACCGGAUUCGGAGGGCAAGGAGCCCAGACCUGUUCCCACCCCUCUCUCGCCCGCCCUCCCCUCUGAGCCUCCCCCGUCCCCGUUCCGCUCCUGCUCGGAGACCUCCUCCCUCCUCAGGAGAGACAGCGCCGCCGCUGGCCCGACCUCACACCCCAUUGAGUCGCAUCGAUGUCCGGCCUCCUCCAGAUUGGGGUCCCCAGCGCCAGACCCUCUCCCGGCCCCCCACUCCCCGCCGUGGACUCUCCUCUGAGGCUGGGGAAGGAAGGCCUCCUAGAGGUGCCCAGCACUGGAGUCAGGAGCCCAGGACACAGCCUCCUUCUGGCUCCUCCACUUACCUCCAGCUCCCGCCGCGACCCCCGGGAACCCGGGCCUCCCUGGUGUUACUGCCGGGUCCCCCCCUGGACUCACCCUUCCACCAAAGCUUGGAGACAGAUACCCUGUUGACCAAGCUGUGCGGGCAGGACCGGCUCCUGAGGAGGCUGCAGGAGACGAUAGAUCAGAGGCAGGAGGAGAAGGAGCAGCUGGAAGCAGCCCUGGAGUUGACCAGGCAGCAACUGGGCCAAGCCAGCAGGGACGCAGGGGCUCCUGGGCGGGCCUGGGGCCGCCAGCGCCUCCUACAGGACCGACUGGUCAGUGUGAGGGCCACUCUUUGUCAUCUGACUCAGGAGCGAGAGCGGGUUUGGGACACGUACAGUGGCCUGGAGCAGGAGCUGGGCACCUUAAGAGAGACCCUGGAGUACCUGCUGCACCUCGGGUCCCCCCAGGACAGAGCGUCUGCACAGCAGCAGCUGUGGAUGGUAGAAGACACACUGGCAGGACUGGGUGGCCCCCAGAAGCCACCCCCCCACACUGAGCCUGACUCCCCUUCCCCUGUGCUCCAAGGGGAGGAGUCCACAGAGAGGGAGAGCUUGCCCGAGUCCUUGGAGCUGAGCUCCCCUCGAUCCCCCGAAGCUGACUGGGGGCGGCCACCCGGGGGCGACAGAGACCUCUCCAGCCCUCCCUCAGGCCUUGGGUCACCGAGGAUCUCCCGGGCUUCCAGCCCUGAUAGUCGCCGUCCCUCCUCCCCGCAGGUAGGAACCAAGGCCCCAGUGGCCCGGCCUCGGAUGAGCGCCCAGGAGCAGCUGGAGCGGAUGCGCAGAAACCAGGAAUGCGGACGGCCUCUUCCUCGCCCAGCCUCCCCCCGGCUCCUCGCCCUGGGGAGGACGCUGUCCCCGGCCAGACGCCAGCCCGACACAGAGCAAAGGCCUGUCUUAGGACAAUCGGGAGCCCCCAAAUGGCUCAGAAGCUCGGGGUCCUGGAGUAGUCCAAGGAACGCCAGCCCUUACUUGCCGACACCCGAGGGCCACCGGGAGCGGGUCCUCAGCCUCUCCCAAGCCCUGGCCACUGAGGCGUCGCAAUGGCACAGAAUAAUGACAGGUGGGAAUUUGGACUCUCGGGGAGACCCCCUCCCCCCAGCACCGCCGCCUCCGCCGGACCCCACGCCCCAGGUGUCCUCUCCGCCGCGAUCUCCUCCGGUGGCUAAUUCUGGUUCCACCGGGUUCUCGCGCCGCGGUAGUGGGCGUGGAGGAAGCCCGGCUCCCUGGGAGCCCACGUGGGUUCCCGGGACCGCACCCCCCGCCCUGAUCCACGACGAGGGGGCGUGGCCUCUGCGAGUCACUCUGCUGCAGUCCAGCUUCUGAACGCCCUGAACGCGGCAGCCAAUUGGAGCGCGAGGGCGUGGCCUGGAGGUCCCGCCCUGAGACCUGUGACCACUCAGGACGCCUGGGGGCGUGGUCUGGCCUCCACCGCUUUCCUAGAAGGGGAGCCGAUUCCACCGCCAAAGUUUGGUUUUCCCAAUACUGUCCAAAUUUGGAUUAAAAACUUUGAGCUUUAGAUAAUA